AUGGAGAUGAAUGCUUCCAUUGCAAAUAAGGAUCUGGCCGAAAAGGUUGUAAUUGAUAUUGAGAAAAACUUGGAGUCUCAGCCUGAUGUUCAUCAAGCUUGUAUUUACCGGGUUCCUCAAAAGAUUCGUUCACCAAAUGCGGAAGCUUUCACUCCUACACUGAUUUCAAUUGGUCCUCUUCACAAUGGAAAAGCAGAAUUAGCUAAUAUGGAAAAGAAAAAAAAAAUGUACGUCAAAAGUUUUCUUGAACGGAAAACAAUCGAUAAAGCACUGGAUGAAAUUUUGAUAUUCAUCAAGAAAAACGAAGAAAAUAUUCGUAAUUCUUAUGCAGAGAUAUCCAGGCUUGAGAGUCUUGAUUAUAUAAUGAUGGUUCUUUAUGAUGCUAUCUUCAUUCUAGAGAUUUUCUUAAGAGACAAAUUCCGUGACAGAAGUGAUUUAUUGAUAACAAUUGAUGCAUUAAAAGAUACUUUACGCUUAGACCUGCAAUUACUAGAAAAUCAACUUCCAUACUUCGUCCUUGAGGGAAUAUAUGAGUUAACUUUGGUUGGCCUUUACGUGCCUACCUUCAUGGAGCUUUCUUGUUCAUUCUUCACAAAUUCUGAUCACGACUUGAAUCCCUUAGCCCCCGUAGAGAUAGUUAAACAUUUCAUUGAUUGGAGAAGAAGUACCCUGAUAAAAAACCAUCCGAAAGAGGAGUCGGAGGGAUGGAUCAAUGAUUUACCUUGUGCAAUGAAAUUGCAUGAGUCAGGAGUGAAGUUUAAGAGUGUUGAAAGAGAAUGCUUACUUGACAUAAAAUUGGAAAAGCAAAAGCAAGAUAUCCUAUGGUUGAACGAGUUGCAAAUACCACAUUUCAAUGUAAACCUUGAGACUGAACAUCUACUUAGGAAUAUUUUAGCCUUUGAGCAAUGCCAUUACCCAUCGGAUAUUCGCGUUUGCAAUUAUAUAUUUUUCUUGAAUCGCCUUAUUUAUACUGAAAAAGACGUGGAUUUGCUUGUGAGAAAGGGAAUCAUUUCCAAUACUAUGGGCGACAGUGCUUCGGUUGCAAAUAUGUUUACCGAUGUUUGCAAAUAUAUGCAUGAAAAGAAGUCAUCUCAUUACCCCAAAAUUUGCGAGGAACUGAAAGAACAUUAUAACAAUCGUUGGAACAGAACAAAGAUAGCUUUGAGAAGAGCAUAUUUCAACAAUAUCUGGAGAGGCACAACAACUGCAGCAUUUAUACUCUUUUUGCUCAUUCUCAUACAAACCUGCAUUUUAGUCGUCUUUUUCUAG